AUGAAUCCUUCGUACCCCCACCCAAACGCUCAGUCGGGGCAGCAGCCAGCGCCUCCCGGCUUCUCGCAGCAGACAUAUUCUGAUUCAACGCCUCCAACCACAGCCUCUUGUGCAUACCCCGGUUGCUAUAUGGUAGGCCCCCACGUACAUCCGCCAUCUGCAUCGGCGCCGAAUUUCGACUACGCAGAACAGCACAAGUACCAAGCACCGCCUGUGUAUCAACCAUAUCAG